ACCUUUUGAAAGAUAAAAAAACUAUUAGUUUUAUAUAAAAAUGCUGGAUUUGUGUUUGUAUGUCAUAGUGCUCUAUCGCAUCUACACUUGUAGUGACAAGAUGUAUUAUUUUAAGUUUGUAUUCGUCCUCUUGCUGUUUGAGCCUCAUUCCAUAUUCACUCAUACGAUUCCUAAACCAGAGGCCUCCAAUGACACCGAUGUGUUUGAGGUUAAACCUCUCCCAGAUAAUGGAUUACAGAUAAUAGAUAACAAUGCAAAGAAACCGUCUUUAUUUGAGAUUAUCUAUUACCAUAUUAUAAGGAAACCGUUCGAACAGGAAGUGCACCCUAUCGAACCUGUAGAAGACAAAAAAGACGAAAAUAAGAAAUCAGUAGAAAAUGAUUCGGAAGAAAAGCCAGCAAGUGCUGAAGAUGCUAAAAAGACUGAUAAAGAUGGUGAAGACAAGAAAAAUGAUAAAUCUGAUUAUGAUGAUGAGGAUCAGUCUGCACAUGACAGGAGAAAGAGAGAAAUAAACGACGAGAAUAUUCCAGCAGCGCCAACUCUACCCGAUCUUAAUUUAAAUGAAUUACCAAGCGACGUUCGAAAAAUCUAUGAAAACUCCCCGGAUUUUGCCAAAUUCUUCGGUGGUAGUGAUGAAAAUAACGAUUCUGCUCCCAAAGAAAAUGAAAACGAAAUCUCCGCAAAAAAGAGUAACCACUUACCGCAAAACCAAAUCUACACGAACAAUCCUGAAAAAGAAUUAAUACCUGAAAAGGAAACAGUAUAUGAAAAUAAACCUAAAGAAGGUUUUAAAGACAGAGCAAUGGAUAUGUUCGAUGAAAUUCCAAGUGUUAACAGGCAUAAGGGUAAAACUUAUGGUAUGGAUUUAACAGGAAACCAUGGAACUGUUUGGAACGACUUAAGUGAAACCCCAGUUGGCAUCGAUUCCAAUCAAGGACCUAAUUCUGUAUCAAUCGAUUCCAAUGAAAACAAACUUAACAAAGACAAUCAAGGCAAUAUUUGGAGUGGUAGUAACGAAGUGCAACCUGUAUCUAACGAGAAGAUUAUUCUUACUCCUGUGACUGAUGACGGAGUGGAAAUACCGCCAGCGCCUAAGAUUGUGGAACAAAGACCUGAUGAGGAAGAACCUGCCGAUAGUGCUAUCACUAGUGUCAUAGUAGCAAAACCAGCUGUAAAAUCUACUGAAGAAGAAAAUGUACCUAUACAUCAUACCAAUGUCAUAGUACAACAACCUGUUAUAAUUGUACCUUCUAAUCUCGACAAUGUUAUAAAAAAUAGCAAUGAAGAUGAUAAUACUAAACCUUUGGUUAAUAAUGCAAAUAGUGAAGAACCUCUGGACGAUUUUAAAGAUAAAGCAAUCGCCAUGUUUAACAAAAUGCCAAACGAUUUUGCAAAUAAAGAGGAAAAGCCAAAAACGUAUGGAAUGGAUUUAAAAGGAAAUAAGGGAGUUGUAUGGAAUGAUUUGGACGAAACCCCCGUGGGAAGUGAUGAUGUAGGAGUACCGAGCGUUAACACAUAUAAACCUCAAGAAACUGAAGAAAAUAAUAAACCUUCAAAAAAUAUCAUAUAUGAGUAUCCUAAGGAGAGCGAUAGUGCAAUACCCGUAGUAACAAAAGAGGUGACACAGCGUCCCGUGGUAGUUUACGUAGACAAAGUGCCAGAAAGUAAAAAACCCGUUGAAAUUGAUUCCGUUGAAGAACCUUCUCAACCAGUCAUAAUCGCACCGAAACCAGAACCAAUUAAUUACGUCGUGGAAAAACCUGAGCCAGAUUAUAACAGCUAUGAAAACACAAUUGAUGAACCCAAAAACAACGAACCAGACAGUAAUGUUCUGAAACAAUCAUUUGAUAAUCUCCUUAAGCAGAUUCCACCUUUUAAACCGUUAAGACCACAGGCAGUUUAUAAACCAAAAGUUGAAAAUCGUCCUUCUUUUGUUAAACCAGCUCCAAAUAAUAAUGGCUACUAG